UGGAAUAAUGGUGACAAAGCUUUGUGCUAGGUUUUGUUGACGACAUCUUAAAUUUUCCCUGUUUUUUUUUUACAGCGGAGAAAAAAAAUGAAGGAAAUGAAGAAGAAAGGAACGGAGUGAGUAAAGUUAGAAUUAUAUUGGAAAAGAAAGCGAAAAUUGAAGCAGUAGAAGCAGAAGAGAGGGAAGAAAGAGGAGGAAGAAGGAACUGUAGAGAGAGAGAGAGAGAGAGAGAGAGAUGUCAGACCUAGACAGGCAAAUAGAGCAGCUGAAGAGGUGCGAGCCUCUGAAGGAAUCGGAAGUGAAAGCGCUUUGCCUGAAAGCCAUGGAAAUCCUCGUCGAAGAGAGCAACGUUCAGAGGGUUGACGCCCCUGUCACCAUAUGCGGUGAUAUACACGGUCAGUUUUAUGAUAUGAAAGAGCUUUUCAGAGUAGGAGGUGAUUGCCCCGAAACUAACUAUUUAUUCCUUGGGGAUUUUGUCGAUAGAGGCUUUUACUCCGUUGAAACAUUUCUGCUUCUGCUCGCUCUUAAGGUGAGGUAUCCAGAUCGAAUUACUCUAAUUAGGGGAAACCAUGAAAGCCGGCAGAUCACACAGGUAUAUGGAUUCUAUGAUGAGUGCCUUCGAAAAUAUGGUUCAGUCAAUGUGUGGAGAUAUUGUACUGAUAUAUUCGACUACUUAAGCUUGUCCGCCCUAAUUGAAAACAAGAUUUUCAGUGUUCAUGGUGGUCUUUCUCCUGCCAUUUCAACCUUGGAUCAAAUACGAACUAUUGAUCGGAAGCAAGAAGUACCUCAUGACGGUGCCAUGUGUGACCUCCUAUGGUCAGAUCCUGAAGAUAUUGUGGAUGGAUGGGGUCUGAGUCCCCGUGGUGCUGGUUUCUUAUUUGGUGGCAGUGUUGUUACAUCUUUUAACCACUCCAAUAACAUUGACUAUAUAUGUCGUGCUCAUCAGUUGGUAAUGGAAGGAUAUAAAUGGAUGUUCAAUAACCAGAUAGUUACUGUCUGGUCAGCUCCAAAUUAUUGCUACAGAUGUGGCAAUGUGGCUGCAAUUCUGGAGUUGGAUGGAAAUCUUAAUAAGCAGUUCCGUGUGUUUGAUGCUGCUCCACAGGAAUCAAGAGGGACACCUGCCAAGAAACCGGCACCAGAUUACUUCCUAUGAAGUGGAUUUCCUUGUUUCUACAAUCUAAAUGCUUAAAUUGAUGAAUGGAAUACUUGAAUGGGGGAGAUUAUGUCUGACUCGGGAGGAAUCAGUGAAGGUCAAUUAUCAGCUCCGGAGGCAGGAGUUCUGCGGUCCAUGCGUCUGCUUCACCCAUCUUUAGUUUUAUAGCAGUAUUGUGAAUUGAUGUGAUUUGCAAUAUAUUAUUACCUUUGUUCAUUCAAAAGCUGUGAUGGACAGAGGGUUUAGAGGGAAAAUGACGAUUACAAGUAUGAAAACUUGAUUAGGGAGGAUUGAAUUGGAUGAGGGAAUAUUGGGAGAGAACUUUCCAUGUAUAAUCCGUGGAAGAAACCCACUAGUUGAGUUUUGAUUGCCGUGUUUGGGCCAUAAAAUUUUAUGAGCUUCAGUAUGUGUGUAAAUGUAUUAUUGCUCAAAUUUUACCCCUGGUGCUUGGUAGUGUAUUUCUUGCCUUGCCUGAAUUUGAGGGUUCACUGGUCAAAGAGAAGGGACCUUUCUCAACCGAAAAUCCUGAUGCAUAUGGGCACUCUUCAACACAAUCUAUUAUUAG